UUUGGCUGAGAAGUCGCUGGCAAACAGGAUUAACAGGGCACAAAAAGACCACUUGCAUGGGGUCAGGAGGGGUGUCCCCUGUUGCUGCACCACCCUGCAGGCCUGGCUGGAAAUCCACCUGCAGCACCUUGGUGGAGCCUCUCCUUGCAGCAGAUUGCCACAGCUGAUGCUGCCAAGGCUGCUGUCAGUUCCUACAUUUAAUCCUCGUUCUCUCAUCUUGCAGAAGCUUCCCUGUUGCACUGCUUUCCUGCAAGCGCUCUGUGUUCCACCUUCAUUUUAUGCUUAUGAAAGAUGGGAUAAGUGCUAAUUUAUGCUAAGAUUAGCCUCCUUUUAGUUCAGCAUGAGAUCAUAGACAUGUGGUUGAGAGAAGACGGUUCAGGAGGUCUCUAGUCCACACUGUGCAGUGAGGCAACACCAUGGCACAGCCACAUGGAUUUACUGAACAGUGGGGGACAGCUGACAGCAAAGCCUAAGGGCUGGUGGCAAAUAGUGGAAAAAUAGCCCCAAGCAUCUCCAGAGAUGAGUGGCAAAUGCUUUUCUGCUAUGUGCUUCAAAUGUGGUGGGAAGUGUAUUCCCAGAGUCCCUACGUGCAGCACUGAUUCAUAAAUAAGUUGGGUGGGUUGUUGGUUUCUUGGCUCGUUUGUGACCAGGUGUGGCAGCUGUUAGCUCUUGACCCAUCACCCAGCACACAAAGAAUGCUUCAUUUCUUUUAACUGACAGCUGGAAGGUUGUCUUCCCUUCCUGUUGCCUGGAGCAAAAAGCCAAUUAGGUGCAGGUAUGUUCUCUGCAGUCCAUACGUAGGCCCAGCCCCUAAGCUGGUGUGACGGCCAUUCCUUUCGCUGUGCUGUAAUGAGAGCCUCGCAUCACCAGGAAACAAUACAGAUCUUUUCAGUCUUAUCUGCCUUCUACCCUGUUAUCUGUCCCCUGUGUGUCAUGCUCCUUGGUGUUACUGUCCUCCCAUGGAGCAACAGAAUAAUUGAGUUCUGUGCAAGGUGGUUUCGGAGGGGAUGGAUUGGAGCUGGCUGUGCAGGUAGCGCACAUUACUGCUGCCUGUACCCCCCUCCACCUGGAGUGAGGGGAAAUGGCCUCGUGCUGAUGGCCAGCACUUAGCUCUCAUGGAGAACUGUACUGUAAUCAGAACCCACUGCCAACCCUCCGGAGAGGAGCCGUUUCCAAAUGAAGGUUAUUAUAUGAAAUGAAUGCCAGCAAACACGUCUCAUAGGGGAGCUUUGAAAAUGACAGUUCCUUGUGGUUGCCUGAUGUGUGCUUCUGUUCUAUAGGCUGAAAUUUCAGCCAGAAGAACACAAUUUCUCCGGUUUUUAGGAAGGGAGAAGGUGUAUUUUUGUAAGGAUAACCUCCACUGGAAGCCGCUUGCAGGCUCAACGUAUGCUCCAUCGCCUGCACUGUGAUGUGCCAACGUGCUGCAAAGCAAUUAAUAUCCUUACAAUAUCGGUGGGCGUCGCUGAGCUCCCCGUUGGGAUGAAUGGGGACGUUCAGGCGGCACCAACCACGGCUUCAUGUGCUUCUUCAGCUGCACUUGUAGUCGUUUCCUGGAGGCCCUCCCAUCAACCAUAACAGCUGGGGAUGCAGUUCUAAAGUAAGACUUUGGCAAGUGUGAAGGAAAAAAAGAUCCCUAUGGACUGAGGCGCCUUGUCAGGUCAGAGAUGGGAGCAUCAAACACGCUCGGAGGGAAACCUCACCCAACCUGUGUCAGCAGCUGAUCAGAAUCUGAGGCACAGCAGCAGCUGAGCUGGCACUGGGGGGCAGAGCACCUCCACUCACUGCCACCACGUUGCUUCAAGCAAGUUCCUCGUUCCCUUCGAACUGUCCAUGGGCUGAAUAAAAGUUGUUAACUCUUGGCUUGACUUGUCGUCCUUUGGGGGAAUAAAACCAAGGUCGGACUGCCCGUUCAGUGGUGUACUGUUAGAGGAGCACGACCUGAAGUGGGGUAUCCCAGAGGUGAGAGUAACUCUGGUUCUUCAAGUCUGCCUGGAACUCCUUGGAGAGACAAGAAAGACAGUAAGAAAAUGCAGUGGGAGUUAUUACGUGGAUGCAAUGGCUUCAUUGGAGCAGCUCUGCACAUUGCCACUUGUUAAAGAGCAACUGCUGUUGUUUUGAGGACAACUGGGGGAAAAAGCCAUUUGAGCAUCUCUGCAGCUUCUAUGCAUUAAUAAGAAAGUCAGUACACAGACGGAGGAGAGGUACAAAUAUGGCAAAGGCAGCUAAGGAAAUACACAUGGAGAACCCAAGUGAGCUGGAGACUCCUAGUGCAGGAACACCGUGCCCCCCAUUGGAAGAACAGGCAGAAAAACCCUCCAUGCUCUGCUUUAAGAAGCGGAAGAAGAGGACAACAAUGAAAGAAACAUGUGGGGGAGCUUCUGCAGCCUCAGAGGAGAAAAAUCAAUGUAUCAGCACAGACCCAGGGGAGGCAAAAGCUUCUGAAUUGCGACCCUCCAGAGGAGCCUGGGCAGCUCUCAAAAGUCUCACAAAGCCUCGGAGAGGGCAGAAAUCCUCUUCGCGGAAGAAGGUGUCCUCUGAUUCCCAGGUGCAGCUGGAGAUGGAUGCGGAGGAGAGCUGUGCACAAGGUCUUCCAAGGAAAAAGGCCGGCUCAGGGGUGAAGAUGCCCUGUGUGCGCUUCUUGAGAGGCAAGAAAAAGCCCAGCCCCUCAGAGGUGGUGGAGGAGUCAGAGGACAGUGCCCAAGCAAAUGAAGUGAUGGGCAUUUUGAAUAAAGCCAUUGAAGAGCUGGAGGACAUGGCCCCUGAAGAGCCCUGUGACAAGGCUGAGUCCCUCAGCCCGCUCCCUGCAGAGGACAUGGCCCCUGUAGAGCCCUGCAACAAGGCUGAGACCCUCAGUCUGCUCCCUGCACAAAACUCGGCCCCUACAGAGCCCUGUGACAAGGCCGAGUCCCUCAGCCCACUCCCUGCAGAGGACAUGGCACCAGCAGAGCCCUGUGACAAGGCUGAGUCCAUCACUCCUCUCCCUGCAGAGGACAUGGCCCCUAUAGGGCCCUGCAACAAGGCUGAGACCCUCACUCCUCUCCCUGCGCAAAACUCGGCCCCUGCAGAGCCCUGUGACAAGGCUGAGUCCCUCAGUCCACUCCCCGCAGAGGUCAUGGCUCCUGUAGAGUCCUGUGACAAGACGGAGCCCCUCAGUCCGCUCCCUGCAGAGGACCAGGCCCCUGUAGAGCCCUGUGACAAGGCUGAGUCCCUCAGUCUGCACCCUGCACAAAACUUGGCCCCUGCAGAACCCUGUGACAAGACUGAGCCCCUCGGACCACUCCCUGCAGAGGACCAGGCCCCAGCAGAGCCAUGUGGCAGCGCUGAAGCCCUAAGCUCGCUCCCUGCAGAGGACAUGACUCCUGCAGAGCCCUGUGACAAGGCCAAGUCCCUUGGUCUGCUCCCUGCACAAAACUCAGCCCCAGCAGAGCCCUGUGACAAGGCUGAGUCCCUCAGCCCGCUCCCUGCAGAGGACCAGGCCCCAGCAGAGCCAUGUGGCAGCGCUGAAGCCCUCAGUCCACUCCUCGCAGAGGACCAGGACAUGUCAGCGGAAGGUGCUGAUGCUGAUGGGAGGAGUGAACCCUCAGGAGAGCCCAGGCCUGAUGUGGCUGAACACACAGAGUGCAUCACUCGGUCAGAAAUAACCAGUUUGGAGCCUGUCAAUGAGCCAGUGCAGGAAAAGCCGACUGAGGGGAGUCCACACCAAUCUGCAGCACAAGUGGAAGAGAGGGAAGUCACUCCUGAGGCACCAGUUUCCACAGAUCAACCCAACGGCACCCCUGAAAUCACCAAGCUUCAGGAAAUAGCCGCCAUCUGCAAAGAGCUUCCUGAGAGGGAUGAGUCGGAGAGGAACACUGAUCUCCCUGAGGAGUGCAGAUCUGAGGAGACCACAACGGAUUUCAGCCCAUCAGUGUCUAAGGAUGAUACAACGAGUGUGCAGAGCAGCUCCAGCCGUCACGAGAAACCAGAAGUCAACAUGGGCACUGCCGUUGGCAUCGUCAUCACCAUCACUGAAGCUAUGGACUCUGAUGAUGCUGAUUCUGAUCAGGCCUAUGAGCCAUCCCCGGUUUUACACCACAAUAAGCAAAAAGGGAAUAAAAAGUCCAGUGGGAGCUUUGAUUUUGGUCAAAAAGAAGGCCCUGGGGCUGGCAGUGGUGCUGUGGUUGAAGAGAAAGGUCUGGGCGACCAGGGACACAGGACUUCGGAUCAGUAUGAAUUGCUCCUCAUAGAAACAGCGUCUUCUCUUGUGAAGGCGGCCAUCCAGUCGUCCAUAGAGCAGCUGGUCAACGAGAUGGCUCUGGAACAGAAUAAACACAACAGUUUUCUGUGAGGGUGAUAAUGUCCCCGGAUUAGGGUGAUCGCAAGGUACUUUGGCCAGAGGAGGGGAGCAAGAGGGCUCUGGAGGCCACUGCUUAGUUAGCUCUGCAUGCCAGUGAAGUUGUGUGUGUGUUUGUGUGUAUGAAACUGGUGCUAGGGCAUGGGACAGGCCCUGCUGGGCACAGCAAGUGCACUAGGCCUGGCUGCAGGAAAGUGCAAGUGUUGCAGUGUUUUUCAUUUACUGUUGAGGCCAUGUUUCUGCUGUCUUCCAUUCCAGACUUCCCUGCUCUUAGUGGUGUAAAUGUUAAUGUGCUUUUAUGAAGAGGCCCUGCAGGCAGCAAGCAACCUCCCACCACUGGGUUCGGUUCAGUGCCUGUUGAGCACAGCUGGAGGUUUGCUCAGUGGGUGCAAGGGAGGGGGAAGGGGCUGAGAUGUGCAAUUAAUGGCAUCAGCGCCAAGCAGUCAGCAUUGCAUUUGGAGGUGUAGGAAACCUUGGUCUGAAGUCCCAUUAGGUGGAAUUGAGUGGGUGCAGUGAGCAGCACGUUCUGGCCAGCCUAUGACCCCAGCCUACUCCUCCUGCUUACCCCCUUGUCAGAAGCAGCCUGUAUAUCACCCAAACACUGCGGUACAGCAUCAGCUCCCCUUGCUGAAUUCAGGCUGCACAAACAUCAAGAACGUGUCCUCACUUUGUCUGCUGGGGUCCAUUGCACCGCUGAGCACAGGUCUCCCCGUAGUGAUGAGAGCCAGGCUGGAACACGCUGGCCACGGGGAGCCCCUGGCCUUGCCUUCUUUUGUCUGCCAUGGUGAAUCUACCCUUGGAUAUGGUGUUGUUUUGUUGUUUGUUUGUUUGUUUUUAAAAGUGUGGCAUGUAAUAUAGAUAGCAGUGCGCUGCAUGCAGUCAACUCUUGCCUUGGUGUUGAAAUAGCAUAGUAGCAAAGAUGUGCUGCAGGCCGUGGAAUUGCUCCGUGUUGGGAGGGGAUUUGGUAGCUGGGUGUGUCCAUGUGUCCAUCCAUCCUUUCAUUUCGCAGAGACCCCCAGCAGAAAUCCCAGCUGGCUCCAUGGUGGUUGGUCCAAAACGCACCCUGAACACCAGAGCCAUCUCAACAAAGUCCUCAGGGAAAACCCAGACAUGAGGGCUGGGGACACUGCCACAGAACACCCAGACGGGCCGACUGCUGUCAGAAAAGUACAAACUGCUCUGGGAAGGAUGUGUGCAUGCAGCGUGUGUGCACACGUGGUGCAUGCGGGCACACAUCGCCUCUCACUGCCAGCCCUCUGGAAGAAAGGGGCCUUUUGAUAAUGUGGGAUUGCAGCUGCACGGUUGGGAUUUACACACUGCUCUGUGAAAGUCUGCCUUUUCUGCUGAGAAAGUUCUCCUGCACCGUUCUCAGCCCGUACAGAAAUAGCUGCCCUCCCCACCCCCCCCACAACUGCUCAGUGACCACAGUGGGGACAUGGAGGUUUUCUGCUCAGCGCUGUUAGAACACCAGGGCUGACAGCACUCCAAGAACCCGGUGCACAACCACGCUUUGAACUUUGAGAAAGGAUCUCUGCUGUAACCAGAGGAAUACCAGCAGUGAGUGCCACGGUGUCUUUCUGAGCACGUUAAACUUGGGAAAAAUCAGACUGACUUCUUUUUUCUGUGAAUUUCUUUAAUGCUAUCAAUAAUUCAGCGUGUAUAUUAAUGGCUUUGCUCUUCCUUUUGUUCCUUUCAGGCAUUUUGCCAUCAUUUUGAAAGGGGCUUUUUAAGGACUAUGUGUAGCUUUGGAGCUGCUGCAGCACCUGGGAAAGUCUGUGUUUGUGCUGGAGCUGUGCUGUGGGCUGUGUGGGCACUGGGAUGGGUUGGUGCUGAGGGCUGCAGCAUCUCCAUGCCUUGGUUGCAGGGGCACCCCUGGGUUCUCACAGAGGGUGGCCAGGCCGCUGUCUCCUAUCUAUAUGCUGAGCAGUUUGGGGAGGAUUUAAUGUUACUUCAGAACAGAAAAUAGUUCAUUGCAGGAAGAGGCACCCCUUGCAAUGGAGAGAGAAGAGCAGCAGUGUGUGGGUCCAGCCCAGAGCCUGCAGGACUGGCAGCUGCUCUGUACCCAGGGCUGUGUUUGCAUCCUUUCCAUAGCCAUUUUCCCUCUGUUCUGUACACCUAUAUGUGUAACUUGCAAUUAGUUCAUUAAAGUUCAGUGUACCUCUUGUUUUCUUGGCUUGUGAUUAACUGGGCAGAGAGAUUUUGCACCAGAGCUGAUAACCCACUGUGCCAUCCAGUAAUGUAUAGCAUUUCCCAGUGGCCAUAUGAGAGGCCUUCAUGUUAACAGACCUGAGAUGUUUUAAGACUCACUCUUCCUGCAUGUUUUUUCCUUAAAUAAGGUUUCCUUCUGGUUGCUGCCCUGUCUUUUCCACUCGCAGAUUCCUGAAAGCCCACAGACUCCAGUGGGCAUUUAUGAAGGAUGGCAGAUCUCAUCUGGCUCAGCAAUUGAACCAGCCCAAGCUCCCAGCGUGUGAUGCUCCUAAGGACUUGAGGCACUUUACAGCAUAUUAAAAAGUUGGAAAAAACAUACAUUUUAAAUUGUAUUAAUACUGAUUAUUCUUUCAGGUUUGCAGAACAAAACAGAGACUUCUAACGUCUAUUAAUGACUUAAUUAAGACUCUCUGCUCCCUCAUUACAAUGAGAGAGAUGGACAUUAAUGAACAACAGGAACUGUACUCUUGGAACAGAAGUGUUUAGAGAAGCUGCUUGACUGCACAAGAGCACUGGAGUGGGUUCAGGACUGUUUCCUCCUCACAGCUGUAAGAAAGGGGCACAGUGCAUACUUUGCCAUACUUUGGCUCUGGCUGGAUGGAGUUGCCUCUGGGCCAUCUGCCUCCUCAUCGCUCUGCUGCCCCUCUUGGAUAUGGAAGUGUUGCUUUGUAGCUGCAUCGUAAUGAAUUAAUUAGUUCCCCUGCUCACCCCACAGUCUGCACUGCUGCUUUCUUUCCCACAUGUUUCCAGCACUUCUGGCAUGGAUCGCUCAGCUUUCUGUUCAACAAGUCCUCUGCCCAUGCUUUGCUUAGGGGCACCAUGGUGUGCAGUGAAGCCCAGCAGUCCCUCCUUGCUGGAGGGACUACAGCAAGUGGGAACCCAGCACUGGAACUGAUGCUUUCCCUGCAUAAAUGAUGGAUGUUUUCACACGUGUGCUUAUGCCAAAUGAAAAUCCAAGGGUUAUGUCACACGUGCCCAGAAUAAAUUGGACAAGCUCAUAUAGUACAUGGGAAUUCUGUGCUUGGGAGUGAUGGGUGGAAGUGGGACCAUGCUGGUGGACCAGCAAAGCCAUCCUAUUGUUCUUCCUGUACAUAGAGGACUUCCACAUCUGUGACUCAAAAUAACGAAACGCUCCAAGGGAACAGAUUGAUUUAAAUAAUUUGCUUCACUAUUCUUUUACAUCUGCAGUUUCGUUUCCCAGAGAAACAGUUCUUGUUAGCUCUUGUUGGGUGGUAUUACAAUAAUGAAGUAUUUAAUUUGCAGCCAGAUACAAUCUUUACAUUAAAUGUGUUUUUGUUUAACUAAUCAGAGGAUGUUAUUGCUUGUAUGGUUAUUUAAGGAGUAGUAUAGAUCAGCAUUUUUGGGA